GGAAGAGUUCCGCCAUAUGGUUGUGCUGAAGCCAGUGGCAAAGGUGAAGGAAUUUAGGAAAACGAAAAUACUUCUUGAAAAAGGUGUGAAGGCUGCAAGAACUCUAAAGGACAACAUACAUCCAUUUGUGUGAUAUUGUGGACAAAGAGGAAACGUUCGUUAGGCAGCUUCGCACAAUUGGGUACAUCAUCUCACAUAUGUCGAUAUUAUCAGCAGUCUGCAUUGAGAAAGAUUCGUUUCAGUAAAAAUCUUGCAAUAGGCCCGUCAAUGGAGCUGAUGAUCAUGGAUUAUUUCAAAGGUUACUGCCGCCGAACAACUUGGUCAAGGUUGCUCUCGAUACCAACUAGCGCUUCCCACGCAAGAAAAUUGCUGCAUGCUAACCAAAGUUGGUGUAUUAACUUACUGGUAUCUAAAGUCAUUGAUGCCGUUGAAAACCAUGUACUAUUCGCAGUCGACAUGGAGAAAUCUUUGUUGCACGCUUUUGAAAAUUCGAAAGUCUCAGGAUCUCCUCAACAUAAAAAUAAUCUUUCCUUUAUACAGCGUUACGCCAACAAAGCGAAAGCAAAAUAAAGUAUUGAUUUUUAUCGUUCACCAUA